GCGGGAAGCGGCGGGGGAUGCGGUGCGAGCUGCGGGGCGCGGGGCGGGCGGUGCCGCUGCCGGACGGGCGGGCGGUGCUGCUGGGCCGGGGGCCGCUCAGCGGCGUCACCGACCGCAAGUGCUCCAGGCGACAGGUGGAGAUCGUGGCCAACUAUGCUGAGGGGACGGCGACAGUCACACAGCUUGGGGUGAACCCCACUUCUGUGGGGGGUGCUCCGCUGGGCCGGGGGGGGCGCUGCACGUUACGCCCCGGGCAGACGCUCUGCUUGGUGAAUGGGCUCUACCCGCACCGGCUCCACUUUGAGGGGUCCCCCCGUACCCUCAAACGGCCCCGCAGCCCUUCCCCAGAGCCCCCCCAAAUCCAGGGGGGCUCCCCCAAACCGCAGAGCCCCCCCCCCGGCGACGCCUGGCACCGGCACGGCUCCCUCCUCAUCUUCACUCCCCCCGGGGUCCCCAACAGCGCUCAGAUCGCAGGGUUUGACCUCGAUGGGACCCUCAUCACCACCAAAUCGGGGAAGGUCUUCCCCACUGCUCCCGACGACUGGCGAGUUCUGUACCCCGAAGUCCCGCGGGCGCUGAAGCGGCUGCAGAGCGACGGCUACAAGCUCGUGGUGUUCACGAAUCAGUUGGGGAUCUCGCGCGGGCGCCUCCGCGUUGACGCCUUUCAGGCUAAGGUGGAGGCGGUGACGCAGCGCCUGGGGGUUCCCCUGCAGGUGCUGGUGGCCACGGGGCCGGGGAUCCAUCGGAAACCGGUGCUGGGCAUGUGGGACCAUCUCUGCGAGCAGUUGAAUGGAGACGUCCCCGUGUCGGUGUCCGACAGCUUCUAUGUGGGGGAUGCCGCCGGGCGCCCCCCAAACUGGGCCCCCGGGCGCAAGAAGAAGGAUUUCUCCUGCAGUGACCGCUUGUUUGCGCUCAACGCGGGGCUGCGGUUUCGGACGCCGGAGGAAUUCUUCCUGGGUUGGGACCCCGCGCCCUUCACCCUCCCGACCUUUGACCCCCGCUCUCUGGACGCGGCGGCGCCGUCGUGGGACCCCUCCGAGAGCCUCCUCGGCGCCGGCCCUGAGGUGGUGGUGGCCGUCGGCUUCCCCGGAGCCGGCAAAUCCACCUUCCUGCAGACGCACUUCGUUCCCGCCGGUUACGCCUACGUCAACCGGGACACUCUGGGCUCGUGGCAGCGCUGUGUGAGCGCCUGCGAGGCCGCGUUGGCCGCCGGCCGCCCCGUGGUCGUCGAUAACACCAACCCCGACGUGGAGUCGCGGAAGAGGUUUGUGGCGUGCGCCGCUGCGGCCGCCGUCCCGUGUCGCUGCCUCCUCUUCACCGCCGACCUGGAGCUGGCGCGGCACAACUGCAGAUUCCGGGAGAUGACGGAGAGCGAUCACAUCCCCAUCACCGACGUCGUCCUCCACGGAUACCGGAGCCGUUUCGUCGCCCCCUCUCUCGCUGAGGGCUUUUCCUCCAUUCUGCGCAUUCGCUUCGUUCCGCGUUUCGGGGAUCCCUCCCGGCAGCGCCUCUUCCUGCAGUUCAGCGCCGGAUGAGCCCCCCCGGAACCCCCCCGAACCCCAAUAAAGGCACUACAACCCCC